UGGUUUGGUUAUUUAAGUGCAGUAGAACAGCUGAUACGCGGUGACAAGUACAUAUCUAUUUGGUAGCAAGAGGAGGGGUAGUAAAUUAUAUGAAUUUAAGCAUCGAGGGUUGAGUGAUUGUGUGUAGACGGGCUUCGAUGAGAAUAGAAAUUCUGCAUGACAAGAAAGUAAUCUAUCGGUACAAAUAAGUAGACCCGGCGAGAUACAUAUUUGUACCUGCGCAAUACUAGGACUAAAUGACUUUCCUAUCGACUUCAUCAUAAAACUAGUCAACCCCUUAUUAACAAACUAUAUGGCUUUGCGCCUUGUCAACUUCUUGGUCCCAUCAGUUACUCGAUGUAGGGAGAAGCUGCUGGUACGUCACCGAGAGCAGCUAGUAGACUGGGUAGUCCACCGAUAUUUACAUACAAACAAAUUCACCCUGAGAACUUCAACUAAGCACCCCAACAGAGUUCAUCACCAAGCCAUGGAUCCAUCUCGUAUUGCAAUUUGUCAUAUGCGAGCGACUAACAAAAAAGAAGAUAACCUGAAGCAGGUGGAACAGAUUGUCGAGACUGCGAAAUCGCAACAAGUUAAGAUUGUCUUCUUGCCGGAAUGCUGUGAUUUUGUUGGAGAGAAUAGUCGUGAAACUAUCGAAUUGGCCGAACCUUUGACGGGAAGUACUGUGUCUGCAUAUUGUAAACUUGCUCUUUCCAAUCGUAUCUGGAUAUCAUGCGGUGGAAUUCAUGAAUCUGUUUUGAGUAAGGAUGGCUCAAAAACAAAUAAAAUUUACAACACUCAUAUUCUCAUAAAUGAUGAAGGUAAGAUAGUUGCAGAAUAUCGUAAAUUACAUUUAUUCGACGUGGAUACACCCGAAAAAUCCUUUCGCGAAUCCAAAGUGGUGUCUGCAGGAGAUGUAUUGCUCACACCAGUUCAAACCCCAGUUGGGUCUAUUGGAAUGCAAAUUUGCUAUGAUCUGCGAUUUCCAGAGGCUAGUCUUAUACUACGAAAACGUGGCGCCCAAAUAUUAACCUACCCCUCGGCAUUUGCUGUUUCAACAGGAAAAGCGCAUUGGGAAAUUUUAUUGAGAGCCCGUGCCAUUGAAAAUCAAUGCUUUGUCAUAGCACCAGCACAAAUUGGUCGACAUAAUGCCAAGCGGGAAAGUUAUGGCCAUGGAAUGAUUGUAGGCCCUUGGGGAGAGAUUUUGGCUCAAUGCAAGCCAACCGAUCUAGAUGUCGCCAUUGCAGAUAUAGAUCUCAAUAAUUUAGAGAAGGUUCGCCAAAACAUGCCUUGUUUUGAACAUCGUCGUAAUGAUGUCUAUACUCUUGCCGCUAUUAGCACAUACCACGUUCCAUCACCAGUUCCGGAGAAAUUUGCAGAUUUUACCAUUCCUAUUGAUACAAUUUUUUAUCGAUCUGAAUUUAGUUUUGCGUUUACAAACAUUCGGUGCGUUGUUCCAGGACACGUAUUAGUAGCAACCAAGCGAAAUAUACCUCGUUUGAAAGACAUGACUGCCGAUGAAAUCACGGACUUUUUUCAUACAGUUUCAAAAAUCCAAAGAUGUCUUGAGUCGAUAUAUGGGACAACAUCCUCUACAGUUACCGUACAAGAUGGAGCUGAUGCUGGACAAACUGUUAAGCACGUCCAUUGUCAUAUAAUGCCUCGAAAAAGUGGAGAUUUUGAGCACAACGACCAAAUUUAUAUUGAGUUAAAUCGACAUGAUCACGAUAAGACUAUGAAGCGUCGUCCUUUAGAAGAAAUGGUAGCUGAAGCACAACGAUAUCGCGACUACUUUACAAAAGCGGGUCAAGUGAAUUAAGGCUCACUUCAAGAAAGGCUAUAUUUUCAUCGAGUUUCAGCGUUUGUACUGUUUUAUGUUCUGAUAUUAAAAUUGUGAUUGAACCAUA